AUGUCUACAAAAUGUAAAAGUUAUACGGUUAAACAAAAGCUUGAAAUUAUUUCAAAAGCAAAAGAAACAUCUAAUAAAGCAGCAGCACGAAUAUUCGGUAUUAAUUAUUUUCAAGUAUCCAGGUGGCGAAAACAAGAAAAAAAGUUAAAAGAAGCUUUGUGUUCAUAUAGAAGUGUCAGUUCUGGAAGGAAAGCUGUAUAUCCUCUUACAGAGAAG